AUGUCUUCCUCCUCCGCCUCCUUCCAGUCGAUGCUCGGCGGUGGAGCCCCGGAGAAGCUCACCCGCACCAACUAUGUGCUGUGGCGGACGCAGAUCACGCCGCAGCUGCGGGGCGCCGGCGUCUUCCAUUAUGUCGACGGCACGGCAACCGAGCCAAUCAAAGUCCUCAUCACCAAGGACGCCGUCGUCAAGGAGACUACUGGGCCAAAUCCCCUCCAUCUGCUUUGGGUGAAGGAGGAUCAGCAGGUCCUUGGAUAUCUACUCCAACACUUGUCCAAGGAAGUGCUCGUCACGAAGGGCAAUCAAUCGGUGGCCACCUUCUUCGCCGCCAUGAGGGGUCUCGCCGAUGAACUUGCCGCGGCGGGAAAACCCAUCCAGGACGACGAGCUCAUCUCCUACAUCAUCCACGGGCUGGACCAAGAGUAUCAGCCCCUCGUCUCCGCACUAGAUGCCUGUGUCACCCCGGACUGUUGGUACCGCUACGAAGAAGAUGAAGGUGAUUCCUCGCAAGAUGAAGAGAAAAUUGCUGCGGCGGCCGAUGGCUCCUAUGGAGUAGAUACCAACUGGUACAUUGACAGCGGCGCCACCAACCACAUCACCAACGAACUCGAGAAGGUCACCAUGAAGGAGAAAUAUCGUGGCAAAGAUCAAAUUCAUACGGCCAGUGGUGAAGGAAUCGCUCCAGUCAAGAAAUUGUUUGACAAAUUGAGAGACUUGAUAUGGCUCAAAUUCCCCAUCUCCUUCGGAAUGUCACCUGACAGCAUGUUAGCAGAGAAGUCAAUGCCAGACAUCAACAUGAAAAAGUUACUUCCAGCUGUAAUGUACGAGCUGAAGAAAAAUGCACUCGGGAAGCCUGACAGCGAAUUCCCAGAUACACUCAGAAACUCGAGAGUGAACAAGCAGGAUGGUACUUCUCCUGUAAAUCUGUUAUUUGAUAGGUCCAUAAGUUGUAUGCUGCUGUUGCAGAGCGAUGGUGGUAUUGUUCCAGAUAUAAUAUUGUGGGAAACAUCAAGAAUUGUAAGAUUAGGAAACAUCAAACCGAUGUUGGCUGGCAGCUGUCCUUCAACUAGGUUCAGAGAUAUGUUAACUUGUUUAAGGGUCCAGGGACAGGGCCACCACGGCCUCCGCCCCACCCUCGUCCUCACCCGCCACGUCCUCUCCACCACCCCCACCACCCAAUGCCCCUUCCCCGUGGCCGCCAUCUCUGACGGCAUCGCCUCGUGCGCCGACACCGCCGAGUACCUGCUCCGCAUGGAGGCCGCCGGGUCCGACACGCUCGCGCGCCUCCUCCUCGCCGACGACGGCGAGGAACCUGUCAGGGUGCUCGUGUACGACUCGCACCUGCCGUGGGCGCGGCGCGUGGCACGGGAGGCCGGCGUGGCCGCGGCCGCGUUCUUCACGCAGAUGUGCGCGGUGGACGUGGUCUACGGCGAGGUCUCCGCGGGGCGGGUCGCGCUGCCGCUCGCGGACCGGAGCGCGCUCCGGGGGAGGCUAUCCGUGGAGCUCGGGCCCGACGACGUGCCGCCGUUCGUCGCCGCGCCGGCGUGGUACCCGGCGUUCACCGAGUCGGCGCUGUCGCAGUUCGAGGGGCUGGACCAGGCCGACCACGUGCUCGUCAACUCCUUCCGCGACCUCGAGCCAAUGGAGGCAGAUUACAUGGAAUCGAAAUGGGGCGCAAAGACCGUCGGCCCGACAUUGCCGUCGUUCUACCUGGGCGAUGAUCGCCUGCUGUCGAACAAGACCUAUGGCUUCAACCUCGUCUCGAGCACUUCUCCGUGCAUGGCAUGGCUCGACAAGCAGGCUCCUUGCUCUGUGCUCCUUGCAUCCUACGGCACGGUCGCCAACCUCGACACCACACAGCUAGAGGAACUAGGCCAUGGAUUGUGCAACUCUGGACAACCUUUCCUUUGGGUGUUGAGGUCUAGUGAGGCAGAUAAGUUGCCCCAAGAACUCCAUGACGAAUGCAACAUGAAAGGCCUAAUUGUCCCCUUUUGCCCUCAGCUGGAGGUGUUGGCUCAUAGAGCAACAGGUUGUUUCUUAACACAUUGUGGAUGGAACUCCACAAUAGAGGCAAUUGUCACCGGUGUACCCAUGAUUGCAAUACCGCAAUGGGCAGACCAACCGACCGUCGCAAAGUCUGUGUGGAGUGGACUGGACUGUGGGGCGAAUGGUUUGGUUGGGCCCAAUUCCAACAACGAUCUGAUCCUUCUGUUAGGGCCCACCCCCAACGUUUUUUUUUUGAAAUUUGUCUGAAAAACUCACCUUUUGAAAUUAAACUUUUGCCUGUCCCCUAAAACUUAAUUCUCAAUAACUUGUAUUUGACUCACACAAUUCAUCAAGGGAAAAACUCCU